GAAGAUAGCAGGCUAAUGCUAGCCGUUACAAGUUGAGCGACCAAAACAAACGAUGACGGCGGAGCAAAGGAGCCGGAAAUCUUGGAUUUACUAUGGAAAAUGCGCUUUGUUUGAUGGCCUGGAUGCGAUUUAGAUAAACCUGUAUGUCUACAUUACUGACUUUUAAAACAUGUUGGGAUAUUAAGAGACAGCUGACCGGUUUUUCCUGCUGUGUCUGGGAUUGAUGUCCCCUGUACACUAACGUUAUGCGUUUGCUAACCUACAGCUUUGCUAGGCUGUAGCUGGAUGUCAAAGAACCUUUUCAUGUACUCAACAUACAUUUUGAGUAACAAAAUACUCCUCGCAGCAGCUUAUCUUGGCAAACGAAGAACACAAUGUCAGUAAAUUUGACUGCUUAGUGUGGGUACGCCGAGUUCCCUUUACUGUAUGAUCCGUGAAACCUUUACUGAACUUGGUGAUAGCUAGCUAGCUACAGAGGCAAAAUGAGUUGGUUCAAUACAUCUCAUCUGUCUAGCUUCGCUAAGCAAGCUUUGACAACAGCUCAGAAGUCAAUCGACCGGGUUCUGGACAUCAAAGAGGAGGACCAAUGGGGUGACACAGUUGUUAUGCCUUAUGAUGAUGUUACAAUACCCGAGAAGCUGUCCUUAAGUGGAGGGUGGGGGAUGACUCAAUGGGAAGCACCACCUGAAGAAAAGACCACAACUCCUCCUACCUCUUCUGAGGCCAUCACUACUCCUGUCACUCGCACAGUUGUGGAUGAAACCGAAAACUUUUUCAGUGCCUUUUUGCCACCAGGAGACGUUCAAGUUGUCCCCAAAUCCCAGGUGGUUUCGGUGCCCCCUACUAAAUCCCAAAGGCGGCCUCGGGAAAAGGAAGAGAAAAACAUUGAGGCUGUGGUCCAAAAAGAAGAGGAGACUGACGAGUCAGCCCUUGCUGAUGAGAGUACUGAGAAUCAGAGAGCUUUUGAGAUCCAGCCAGCGGACCCUGAGUCCUCCUCACCCACACCAACUUAUGCAGACACUAUUCUCCUGGAGCCUGUUUCUCCUGCUUACUCGUCAAGCGAUUCUGCUUGCAACACUGAUAUCAAAGAGAGCAGUUUAGAAACAGAUGUUAGCUUAAAGGAAUCUGAAAACUCCAUAACAGAGCCACCACAGAGUCCAUGCGAUCUCCAAAUUGAGCAGGAAACCAUAGAUUCUUCCGAUCCUUCUGCCGUCAAUUCUGGCACUAUAAGCUCUACUUCUCCUAAUUCGUCACCUUCCCCUUCCGCUAAAGAAGGACUAGUAGAGCAUAAAGACUCAAAGGUGGAGGACCGUCAAAGUGAUACCCCUUCUCCUCCGGUCAGUGCUUUCUCCUCAGGAACCUCAACCACCAGUGACAUUGAAGUGCUGGACCAUGAGUCUGUGUUAAGUGAGAGCUCGGCCAGUUCCAGACAAGAAACAGGUGAGGGCAAGGCUGGCCUACACCUGAUGCAGGGCUCCUUCCAGCUUCUCUCUGCCUCAACCUGUGGAGAUUUCCCCCGCCUGGAGGAUUAUUCCAAACUCACAGAGAGCUGCGGUUCUUCCUCAGAUGCGUUUGAGCGCAUCGAUUCCUUCAGCGUGCAGUCAUUGGACAGUCGGAGCGUCAGUGAGGUGAACUCAGAUGAUGAGAUCCCUGGCAGCCGAACACUCGCGUCUGUCACUGCGGGCCCCGCUCCUUUGACAGUGUCGUCAGCUGUAUGUGAAAAGCAAGACGAUGGAUUGGUGGAGAAGGUAGAAGAGGGGAAAGAUGAGGAGGAAGACAGCUUCACAGAGCCAAUGAGGGAGCAGUCGCUGGAUGAGAUGGAGGAAAGUGGACGGAGUGCGACGCCUGUUAAUAGUGAACAACCGGAGGAGUUGACAGAACAGGAAUCUGAGGCUAACGCCACACUGUCGGAUGCUACCUGCGUAGCUGGAGAGACGAUCAUCCCACCGAUCACUGAAGACAUGAAAGGUUUCUCAACAGCUCAGAUUUUGGAGCUUCAAAAGGUCAUCGAUGAACUGUCAGGGCGCCUUGAGAAGAGAGAAUCCCAGCUGCUGGCAGUCAGCAAAGACAAAGCCAGGCUGGAGGAAGAGUGUGACAACCUUAAAGAUGAAGUGGUAACCUUGAAGGAGGAGAGCUCCACCGUUCAGUCCCUGAAGGAGGAGUUCACCCAGCGCAUCGCAGACACAGAGAGGAAGGCUCAGCUGGCCUGCAAAGAAAGAGACAUAGCAAAGAAGGAAAUCAAGGGCCUGAGAGAAGAGCUUUCUACCAGACUAAACUCCAGUGAUACAAUGGAGAUCAUCAGAGAAAAAGAAGAGCAGAUCAGAGGCCUGCUAGAAGAAGGUGAAAAGCUGUCUAAGCAGCAACUGCAGCACAGCAACAUCAUCAAGAAGCUGCGAGCGAAGGAGAAGGAGAGUGACACAAAGAUCACCAAGCAACAGAAGAAAAUCAAGGAGCUGGACGAGGAGCUCCGACAACUGCAGCAGGUUCUAGAUGGGAAGGAGGAGGUUGAGAAGCAGCAUAGGGAGAACAUCAAGAAGCUGAAUGCUGUAGUGGAGCGGCAGGAGAAGGAGCAGAGCCGGCUGCAGACGGACUCAGAGGAGCUGCAGGAGAAGAAUAGAAGCAUCCAGGCUGCUCUGGACAGCUGUUACAAGGAGCUGGCAGAACUUCAUAAGGUGAAUGCCAGCAAAGCCAGCCAGGCUGAAGAAGUAGCUCUUAGCAUGGAAAUCCAGGCCAAGGAGCAGCUGAGUCUGACUCUUGAGAAAGCCCAAGAGGAGGCCAGGUUGCAACAGGAGGCACUGGCUGAUCAGGUAGCUGAUCUGAGAGUGGCUCUGCAGAGGGCUGAGCAACAGCAAGCAAGGAAAGAAGAUUAUUUGAGAGAGGAGAUCACUGAGCUGCAGCAGAGACUACAGGAGGCAGAGACCAGGAACCAGGAACUCAGUCAGAGUGUCACAUCAGCAACACGGCCCCUUCUGCGACAGAUUGAGAACCUACAGGCCUCGUUGGGUGGGCAGACUGCAUCCUGGGAAAAACUUGAGAAGAGCAUCUCUGAUAGGCUUGCGGACGCCCAGGCACAGCUGGCUGUUGCUGUGCAGAAGGAGCGAUCCGCAACAGAAGAACUGUUGUCCAUCAAAUCCCAGCUGGCCUCUCUGGAGUCCCAGAAUUCCCUGCUCCGACAGGAAAAGGCUCGAGUCCUGGCACAGGUCGAUGCAGAGAAGAACAAAAGAGAGAAACUGGAGGAUGAUAGCAGCAGGGAGCAUGUCGAGCUGGAAAACCUGCGUGGAGAACACAUUAGGAUGCUAGAGGAUGCCAAAAAAGAAAAGCUGCUACUGACCAAUCAAUUAGAGAUGGAGAAGAUGAAGGUGGAGCAAGAGAAGAAGAAAUGCUAUUUAGCACAAGAGGCACUCAAGGAAAAGGAGCGGAAGGCUGUGAUCCACUCUGUGGAGCCUCCAGCCUCCUCCACACCGUCCCUGUCCCGCUCAAGCUCCAUCAGUGGGGCUGACAAUACCGGCCUGCACGCACCAGUUCUUUCCCAGGAUGAUUCUUUGGAUCAUUCACUCAGUACCAUGACCAUGUCGAUGUCGAUGAAUGGGACCAACCUGUACGAGGCUGCCCGGCUCUCUGGAGGCUCCAGCAUCAUAGAGAACCUCCAGUCUCAGCUCAAACUCAGAGAAGGAGAGAUAGCACAGCUGCAGCUUGAGAUUUCUGCUCUAGAGAGGAGUCGUUCAGUGAUGGCAGAAGAGCUGGUACGCCUCACCAAUCAAAACGAUGACAUGGACGAGAUGGUGAAGGAGAUCCCAAAGUUAAAAAUUCAACUCAAGGAACUGGAGCAGAGGCACAACACAAUCCUUCAGAUGUACGGGGAAAAGGCUGAAGAGGCAGAAGAGCUCAGACUGGACCUCGAAGAUGUGAAGAAUAUGUACAAAAUCCAGAUCGAUGAACUGCUGAAAAACCAGAAAUAAACAGUUUUUCGGUGCUAUUUUAGGAACACAUACUAAACAAGAUGACCAAUCUACCCAGGCAUGAAGUGAGGUGAAGAUAGGACAGAGAGUGUAAGUUUAAUCACUGUGUCAGAUGAAAAAUAGGUUUUCUUUUUUCUUUUUUCUUUUAACUAAUGAUCACAUAAAAUAUUUAAGUUAGGAUCUUGGGAUUAUUCAUGGCAUACAAUGUAUUACUGCACAAUCAGUAUGAAGGAUAGUCACAGUUUAAGAUUCAGGUGCCCUUCUCCAAUAGUUGGGAUUUAGCUCAAACUUCACUAUGGAUUACAUAGCGAGGACGGAUCGUUUCAAAUGGUACCUUCAAGACAGUUUAUAGAGAUGGUGAAGGCCCUUGCACUAUACAAAUUCAUCCUUGUUUCUCUCUAAUGCAUUUUAAGAAUGGUUAAAGAACUAUAUAAUUUUAUUGUACAGAAAUAUGUAUGUAUUGUUCUUUACUCCUUACAAAUCACAAAAUGUUGUGUAGGCCUGAGAGUAGUCUGUGAUUAAAAUCCUGAAGAUUUGGUAUCAGACAUUAUAAAUAUGUAAAUGAAUAAACAUCUAUUCGGGUGGUGGAAAAACA